CACAGGACGGCUGAGAGGAAGGAAGAGAAGGAAAUACUGCAGCAGCUAUCAUCUUCACCAUGAAGACACUGACUGUGUUUGCACUGGUUUGUGCCAUGGCGGCUCUGACUGGAGCUGCUGCUGUUCCAGAGGAAAAGGCCGAUGAAGACCAAACAGCUGAUAUUAAUCUGGCCAAGAGGACAUUUUGUUCCACAAGACGUUGUUCCAGAGGCUGGACUCGGUACAAUGGACGCUGUUUCCGCUUCGUUCCAAGACCAAUGACCUGGGCUGCAGCUGAGAAAAACUGCAUGUUCAUGGGUGGACACCUCGCGUCCAUUCACAACAUCCUGGAGUACCUUAGGCUUCUGAGUCUCAUGAGCUCCAGUCGUGUGUACAAAAAAACGUGGAUUGGAGGAACUGACGCCCAAGAGGAGAAGCAAUGGUUCUGGAGCGACGGUACACCUUUCAACUACGUGAAAUGGUGUCGUGGAGAGCCUAACAACAGUUUUGGCAAGCAGCAUUGUCUGGACAUGAAUCAUGAAGGUUACAAGUGCUGGGAUGACCUGCAAUGUAACCGCCGAUCUCCAUCUAUCUGCGCCAAGAACAUCUGAUGAUUCCUGGGCUGACCCAAUGACGUGAAGUACCCCGUAAAAAGCACAAACUCUGGUUUGGGUUUCUGCCUUUAAAUACAUCUGUCUUCACUCCGUCAGUCUCACAUCUGAGCUGAACGGUCUUAUUUAAAUCUCAUAUCUUGAUUUCUGUUCUAUCGCUGUAACGCUACUUAAGGAAGGAAGCGACAGGUGACAAUAAGGAGCUGGACUGUCUCUGAGGCCUUGUGCCUUUAAUAAGAGCAGACUGAAUGUGUUAUGAAAAGAUUGCUUUUAGCACAACCUGAUAUGUAUUCUUUAGAGUGAACUCUUCUUUCUUGUCUUAUGCAAAAUUAAAAGCCUGAAGCAUUAAAACAAA